AUGGUUGAUAAGGCAUUCCACCGACGCACAACAAGGACGGAAAAAACAACCAAUCAACCAAACUGGUCCGAGCUACCACCUGAACUCCUAGAGCUCAUCUUGAAAAGCCUUACUGCAGUCGACAUAAUUCACAUCAAAGCUGUUUGCAGUUCAUGGAUGCACGCCGUAAAACACUAUCCCCUGCCUCAAUCUCCGUGGCUCAUGCUCCCCAGUAAUGAUCAAAACAACGUCACCUCUCGCUGCUUCUUUGAUGUUGCAGGCAAACCUGGUACGUUUUACACGAUGACCAACCUUUUCCGAGGCUUCUCCGAUUCAUGGUGUAUAGGUUCGUCACAUGGAUGGUUGGUCAUUCUGGACCCAAACCCAAAAGCAGUCGUGCAUCUUCUUCAUCCACUUUCAGGAGGACGCCUUCGACUCCCGGAGAUCGGAACCAUUAUUGCCGAGAUUCUUACCUCCUUCAACAAUGACGUUCAAAUCAGACGUCAUAUUAGUAAGGUUGUUCUCUCUUCCGACCCAGCUCGCAACAAUAAUUUCACGGCGGCUGCCUUGUUUGAGGAGAAACAACGCUCAGGGCUCGCGUACUGUAAGAAGGGCUACAUAACGUGGAUCGAAUUUUAUAAGCCAAGUGAUGAGUACUCCUAUAGUGACGUGAUAUUCCACAAUGAUGACCAGCUCUUUGAGCUUCGACAUCGGAACGGAUGGUUGAUUGAUGUUUGGAACUUGAAAGAAAAUCCCAUUGUCAUGAAAACCAUUAGGUUACAAGACUGCCGGAGAUUUACGCUGGAAGAAGAAUUCGAACGCUUUCUCUGUGGAAGAUAUGAGACUUAUUUGGUUGAGUGUUUGGGUGAGAUAUUGUUAGUAGAGCGGGCUAUAUCACUCAGACGUUCCCAUCCCAAUAGAACCGUUAGCUUUGAGGUUUUCAAGGUGAACCUCACGAACUCGCAAUUGGAGAAGGUGGAGUGUUUAGAUGAUCGGGUUUUAUUUUUCGACGUAAAUCAAUCUGUGUCGUUAUCAACUCGGGAUUUUUCGGCACUUGAACGGAAUUCCAUUUACUUCACAGAUGAUCGCUGGUGUAUGAUGAGAAGGGUUGGUAAGGGUGAGGGUAGUACUGCUUAUGGUGGCAAUGAUAUUGGAGUCUAUAGUGUAGAAUAUGGAGUUGUGAAGCCAUUUGAUGAAAUUAAUAAUGAGCGGAUCAUUGAUCCUCUACCCUUUUGGAUUCUUCCUUGA